AUGGCCAGUCUUCACAUGCUUUUGUGCCUCUCGCAACUUCCAUUCUCCACAUUAAAAGGGCCUAUGAGCAGAGCCUCAUCUUCCGCGUGCAACCUCGACUCUAAUCACACACCCUCCGACGGUCUCCGUCGCCUUGAACCCAUCCCGUCCGAAAAGUGCAGAUACUCUUCUGGGGCGUGGGAAACUCUAGCGCCGUCGUACAGGACUGGAUUCGCCUCAAAUCGAACUGCCCUGGAGCUCCCAUGA